AUGGAGUGCGUCAAGCAGCGCGAGAACCGGUCGGACCCGCGCGGCGGCGGCGGCGGCGGGCGGAGCUGGUAUGCGACCAACGGCUUCAACGCGACGCCGAUGCUCGCCAUGCUCACCGGCAAGUGCGCGGCGUGCCCGCGGCGCAUCGCCGACGGCUGGGACAACGUGGCGAUGACCAAGAACGGGACGCUGUGCACGGUCUGCGGCAAAGUGCCGCCUGGCGCGCCCCCGGGCGGCGUGUCAUUCCAACUGCGCUAGCGGUGCGAGAACCUCGAGCCUCUCGACAACCUCCAUCCGACUAUCCGUCUAUCCGACUAUCCAAUAAUCCAACCAUCCAAUAAUCCAACAAUCCAACAUCCA